AUGCGGCAAAGCCGCUUGAUCCAACUUUCACGGCAUAUACGGUAUGCACGACAAGGAAUAUCGUGGCGUGUACCCUUGCAUCUUGGAUGCAACAGAAUCAAAUUUCCAUGGAUCUCAAAUGAAGUAUUCCAGGGGAGUUAUUAUGAACGGGUGCACAAUAUACAUAUACAUAUUUCUUAUAUAGAUUUAGCAGUAUCUCUUUUUUGGUCUCAGCAUCGGCCAUUGACAUUAUUUCAUAAUCUUCAAAAUGAUUGGGAUAAAAAAAAUUCAAGCACUCACAAAAUUUUUGAAGACGAAUUGCAUACAUCAUUUUUCACAGAUACAAAUAAAACGCAUUAUCUAAACAGUUUACUUAAAACACAUGGAAAAAUUGUACCACAGUUUCAAUCUUUAAAUGUUCCAGUUUCAAUGCAUCCAAUACAACAUUUAAAUGAGAAAUUUUCAUAUUUCUUACCGAUAGAAAAUAUAAAUAUUCUUUUUACAAAACCAUUUAAUGACUCCUGUGUGGAAAAACAAGCAACAAGCGUUAAACGCAAACGGCGACUUAAAAUGAAUAAACAUAAGUUUAAGAAACGCAGGGAUAGGCAGAGAGCACUUCGGAAACGUAUUGGGAAAUAA